AUGACAGAAAAGAUACCCAAUUUAUUCGAAGGCGGAUUAGCAGCUGAUACAAACAGUGAUUACCCUAAUAGACGGGUAUCUCGUCAAGAGCGAACUAACUCUCAAUACGCAAGUAUUUUCAUAUCACCCCAUAAAGCAGAAGCAAAACUCAUUACUGGAGAAGAUAAUAAUAGUGAUCACUCCAGUGAAGGCUCUUUACCUCGCAGUAUUGAUUCAGGCGACAGGGACAGUAGGGACCAUUACUCAGGUCAUAGAGGUUACAGUGCCUCUAUUGGCCCCCUUGAAGACCCUUAUGGCUACCUUGCACCUUCCUCGCUCCCCACUUAUCACAUUCCUUCGAGUGAUUCAAUGGAACGCGACUAUGGACGUAUUUUCCCCCGAGAUCAAAAGAAUAUAUCUAGUAACCAAAGAUCACCUUCCAAAGGCAGUACUCUAGGGCAGACGCCAAGUAGUCGGCCUCGAUACUACAGUUCGGACAGUGAUCGUGGAACAAACAGCGACACGUACCAAUCUCAGUCGGACUACGGUGUGGGAUAUAGAGCCGGCUAUACCGACUCUGCCCACCGACAAAGAUACCAAGGAGCUUUCAGGGAAAUGAUACAUUCCAAAGCAAAGUACGGCGGCGGCAAGGCUCCUAGACCUCGCUCACCGGAGUGUUACAACUCGGACUCAGAGGUGCUAUACACGAGUCAUAGUGGCGCUCUCUCGGCGGUGGACCCUCGAGGGUUCGCCUCCGACUACGAGACAUACGCGGGGGCGAUAAGCGAUGACGAACCGGUGUACGCCGUGCCAAAACAGAUCUCAUCGAGCAGUAGCAGCGAGUUGCAGCUGCUACUACGAAAGUUUAACACUCUCUCACAUGAGCUCCAACAAGAGCAGAAUCGCCUACAACAGCAGCUAACCUCUAGGGAUAAACCGGGUGCUACGGGUAUGUCACGAUUGGAGGGCGGAUAUUGCUCGGACGAGUACGGCUCGAUCUACUCGGCACCUGGAAGUAGCAGCUGUGUCACAAAAUCACUGUCCCCUGUGCCAAACCGGAAGGUAGCGGCGGCCACCCAGACACCCCAGCAGGUGCAGCUUCUUCGGAAGCACAGCGCCGAUUGCCUCCUGUCUUACAAAACAUAUCAGAUGGAGGAGCCUCAUGCUGUCGGUGAUCCGUCUAACCUUGAACCCAGGUACACACGCCCCGUUAUGCAUACUUCAUCGAAGGGACAAACCAAGGUCUCACAAACCGUCACUACCUCAACUAGCGCUAUAUCAAAGAAUGACUCUAGCAAAUCAUUUGAUACCAACGGCAAAACAAUCACCCGUACAUCCGCAAGCCGCUUUAGAGACCUCCAAUUAGCUAAACGUCCUCUCCAAAUAGCAUAUGGUGACUUUGACUGUUACCGUGUGGAUUUGAAGAAGCGACAAGAGUUCUCAAGGUGUAGUGGUUUUGAUGGUAUCCUAUGUGUCCAUGUGUUAUGCGGUCAGGGUCUAAAGUGUGCGCGGAUGACCCUUCGUGAUCUUUAUUGCGUGAUCUCAGUGGAUUCGUUAAAUAAAGCUCGGACUAUGAUCCGGACAGGUGCGGUCAACUUUGAUUGGGAUGAAGCUUUUGAUGUUGACGUUGAAAAUGCUAAAGAUGUGUCUUUCUUGAUAUAUAACUGGGAUCCGAAUUAUAAACAUAGGUUGUGUUUUCAUGGUUCUAUAUUUUUACCCGGAUUUAUUGACUCAAAUAAAAAGAAACAUAUAGCCCUUAAAAUGGAACCUAAGGGAUUACUUUACAUUACGAUUCUUUUCCAAGAACCCAAAGAAAUCCUACAACGAGUAUCUAGCACUAAACGUGACGGUGUGUUUGGAGUUGACCUGGACACGGUCAUCAAACGCGAGCACAGUAGCGCGCAUGUCCCACUUCUCGUGUUGAAGAGUAUAGCGGAAAUCGAAAGGCGGGGAAUGGAAGUGGUGGGCAUAUACCGCCUGUGUGGGUCCUCACGACGGAAGGCACAACUGAGGGAGGCGUUUGAGAAAAACGCGGCCAACGUCGAUCUCUCGCCUGAGAAUGUCUCUGACAUCCACGUCAUUACAGGUGUACUGAAGGAUUACUUGCGGGAACUUCCGGAGCCCUUGGUGACCAAUGCCCUCUACCAGAUGAUGUUGGAUGCCCUCAGUGUGCGACUCCCGGGGGAUCCAGACGGAAGCGCCACGCUAAUGCUCAGCAUCCUCGAGUGUCUGCCUAAGUCAAACCAGGAGACGAUGUCUAUGAUGUUGAACCAUCUCCAUAAGAUGGCCGUCCAGAGUGACAAGAACAAGAUGGGGCUUGACCAGCUGGCCACUUGCCUUGGUCCCGUGAUCCUCUGCCCCUCCUCCCUCGGGGCGAACCCCGGGGCUCUCGAGUACAUCAAACACAUAGAGGUUCUUAAAUACCUGCUGGAGGUAUGGGCUAAAAAGGACGGCACAGAAAGCUCCAAGCCGUCGAGUAGCGCCACCUCCCCAAAGCCAGAUAGAUCCGUCAUGAACGUCAAGACCGGUAGCCCUGAUCCGACGACAACAAACUCUUGACACUUGGUCAACUAGCAGCGUAUAGACCGUGGGUAACGGACAUCAGACGGUUGGACGUGAAACGUUAAGGCCGCCGAUAAUAUAUACUCAAGAAAACAGUGGUUUACGAGACACAUGGAAUUGCUUAGCAGACAAACAUUUGCAAAAGGAGACUAUAAUAGAGGCGUUAUAACAAAUUUGUCUACCAGUAUUAGGCAAACAUUAGAGUAUUUAAGAAAAUAAUAUGUAUAGCGAAAAUGCAGUUUACUUAAAUUUCCAUUGCAGUAACAUGUGAAAGGGAAUGAUCUAAAGAAGAUGUACACAAUAUAUCUGCUUUUAAGAUAAGCAUACAGACAAUGGCGAUAUAAGUACACUUCAAGUCCUUGCGAAAGGGAGGAAUCUGUAUUGUCCGUCCUGGUCCAUAUGAGUGGCAUACUGAUAAAGGGCAAUUUACAUCGGUUUUAUGUGCAAGAACGACAUCAGAGUAAAUAUUUGUGGCUGCAAUGUUUUAUUUAAUUACUUAUAGUGUUUUGUUUGUAUUUAGGUAGGAUUGCUGUGAUGAAGACUGUAUAUGCCAAUAUAUGGGGAUACCAGUCAGCCGAGCUAAGCUCCAGCCAGCAGUCUCGGUAUAUCAAUAUCAAUUUACUGUUGGCAACACAGAAGACAGACACUGAAAUCACCAUAGACCCAUUUACAUGUAAAUGUUUCAUAUUCGAUUUCCAUAUUGUAGGUCAUUGAUAAAUUAUAAAACUCCAUUCUCUCAUUGAGUGAAUGCUACCCACACAUGCUGAGGGCAUCUGAUUAUUAUUUAAUGGUGAUUUACCAUACGGAUACUCUAGAAGAAUAUGUCAAUACGAUAGUAAUAAACCAAAGUGAAACGAAUGCUUACGUACCGAUAUGAUUAUACUAUUGUUCAUACACUGUAGAUGUUGGUCUAAACUGGUAAGGGGCGUUUCGGAAUAGAAGUAAAAUACGCUGUUUUUUGUAUUGUGCAAAUGGUAAAUGCCACGGGUAAAAAAAGAGAACGCAAAACUGAUUAUCUGUUGGUUUGCACGAGUGCACAUGUUGAAUAAAGACGCUAUUCUAAAAAUUAAUAACAGUAUAAAAAUAUAGUAUAUUUAAUUGUAAAUUGUUGUCAUGUAAACACUGUUCCACAUGACUAUGCGGAGCUUAUGAGUGUGGCUCAUGUCAUUGUUGACUGUUUCAAUAUUAGCUUCACUGUAGUUUUUAUAUGAUAAUGA